AUGGCUGACACCGGUCUCCCUCCUGGCUGGGAAGUGCGACACUCCAACUCCAAGAACCUCCCCUACUACUUCAAUGCCGCCGACAAAGUCUCCCGCUGGGAACCUCCCGCAGGCACCGACACGGACAAGUUGAAGCACUACAUGGCUACCCACCACAGCGCCGGCCUCGGCGCUAGGCCUCAAGCUGUUCCCGUUCCCGAGGGCAAGAUUCGAGCCGCCCAUCUGCUCGUCAAGCACAAGGGCAGCCGCCGUCCAUCGAGCUGGAGAGAGGCAGAAAUCACCCGCAGCAAGGAAGACGCUCUCGAGAUUCUCAAGGCCCACGAGGACAAGAUCAAGUCCGGCUCUACCACCCUCGGCGAGCUCGCCCUGACCGAGUCUGACUGCAGCAGCGCCCGUAAGAGGGGCGAUCUGGGUUACUUCGGCAAGGGUGACAUGCAAAAGGAGUUUGAGGAUGCUGCUUUUGGUCUCAACCCUGGCGAAAUUAGUGGUAUCGUCGAGACCGCAAGCGGACUGCAUUUGAUUGAGAGACUGGAGUAG